CUUUGUUUAUGGGAAAGAGCUGCAUGCAGAGAAAGGAAAAUCUCUACCAACUGUGGACACUGGUUCUGCAGACAAUGUAUCACCUCAUACUGGGACCAGUCUGCUUCAUCACGAGACUCCUCCUGUCCCCAGUGUGGAGAAAGAUCCAGAACAAGACCUGGACUGCAGACAGACAAUCAGACCAGCACUCAGAUAGUGAUCUGCAGGAGGUUUUAAAUGAACAUAAGAUUAGUCUGAGGAGGAGAUGUGGAUGUGUGACUGAAGGAACUGAUGAAGCAGGAAGUGAAACCCUCCUCAACAGGAUCUACACUGAGCUCUACAUCACAGAGGGACAGAGUGAAGACAUUAAUACCCAACAUGAGGUGAGGCAGCUUGAAAAAGCUUCCAAGAUGGAGACCCUCCAUGACACUCUAAUCAAGUGCCACGACAUCUUUAAAGUCUUACCUGAGCAACAGAAACACAUCAGAGUUGUUCUGACGAACGGUGUCGCUGGCAUUGGAAAAACCUUCUCAGUGCAGAAGUUCACUCUGGACUGGGCAGAGGGCUCGAAAAACCAAGACAUCAGUCUGGUGAUUCUGCUUUCAUUCAGGGAGCUGAAUUUGAUCAAAGAUGAGCAGUACAGUCUCCUCAUGCUGAUCCAUGUUUUCCAUCCAACAUUACAGAAGGUCACAGCAGAGAAGUUCGCUGUCUGUAAAGUAAUGUUCAUCUUUGAUGGCCUGGAUGAAAGCAGACUUUCACUGGAUUUCAAGAACAGGAAGGUUGUGUCUGAUGUCACACAGAAGUCAUCAGUCAAUGUGCUGUUGACAAACCUCAUUGAGGGGAAUCUGCUUCCCUUGGCUCUCAUCUGGAUAACUUCACGACCUGCAGCAGCCAAUCAGAUCCCUCUGACAUGUGUUGACAGGGUAACAGAAGUACGAGGCUUCACUGACGCCCAGAAGGAGGAGUACUUCAGGAGGAAAUUCAGUGAUGAAGAACUGUCCAGCAGAAUCAUCUCACACAUCAAGACAUCCAGGAGCCUCCACAUCAUGUGUCACAUCCCCGUGUUCUGCUGGAUCACUGCUAAAGUUCUGGAGCACAUGUUGACUACAGACAAGAGAGGAGAGCUGCCCAAGACCCUGACUGACAUGUACUCACACUUCCUGCUGGUUCAGACAAAGAGGAAGAAGCACAAGUAUGAUGAGGGACAUGAGACGAGUCCACAGGAGCUGACGAAGGCUGACAAGGAAGUUCUUCUGAAGCUGGGGCAGCUGGCAUUUGAACAACUGGAGAAAGGAAACAUCAUGUUCUACCAAGAAGACCUGGACCAGUGUGGUCUCGAUGUCAUAGAGGCCUCAAUGUUAUCAGGAGUUUGUACAGAGAUCUUCAGAAGACACAGUGUGAUCUUCCAGAAAACAGUAUACUGCUUUGUUCAUCUGAGCGUUCAGGAGUUUCUGGCUGCAUUCUACAUGUACCACUGUUACACCGACAGCAACACAGAGGUACUGAAGGACUUCUUGAGAGAAGACUACAAACACAGGGAAUCAAAAUCAGAGUCUUUCCUCAAGAGGAUUUCGUAUUUCAGAAACAAUGAUAGCUGUGACCCAUCUCUGGAUAACUUCCUGAGGAGAGCCAUGGAGAAAUCUCUCAAGAGUAAAAAUGGCCACCUGGACCUGUUUAUUCGCUUCCUUCAUGGUCUCUCUCUGAAAGCCAACCAGAAACUCUUGGGAGGCCUGCUGUGUUGGACAGAAAACAGUCCAGAAAUCAUCCAGAGAGCCAUCAACAACCUGAAGGAGAUGAAUGCCCACAGAAUCUCUCCUGACAGAAGCAUCAACAUCUUCCACUGUCUGAUUGAGAUGAAUGACCGCUCAGUACAUCAGGAGAUCCAAGAGUUCCUGAAGUCAAAGAACAGAUCUAAGAGGAAACUCUCUGAGAUCCAUUGCUCAGCUCUGGCCUACAUGCUGCAGAUGUCAGAGGAGGUUCUGGAUGAGUUUCACCUGAGAGAGUACAAUACAUCUGAGGAGGGACGACGGAGGCUGAUCCCAGCUGUGAGGAACUGCAGAAAGGCUCAACUCUCUGGCUGUGGACUCUCAGAGACUCACUGUGAAGUUGUGGCCUCAGCUCUGAAGUCCAACCCCUCCCAUCUGAGAGAACUGGACAUGACUGAAAACAAGCUACAGGGUUUAGGAGUGAAGCUACUGUCUGCUGCACUGGAGAGUCCACACUGUAGACUGGAGACUCUGAGAUUGAUUCGCUGUAGUUUGUCAGAGAUCAGCUGUGCUUCUCUGGCCUCAGCUCUGACGUCUGGCCCUUCCUUUCUGAGAGAGCUGGAUUUGAGUGACAACAAGCUGCGGGAUUCAGGAGUGAAGCUGCUGUGUGAUUUUCUGGAGAGUCCACACUGUAGACUGGAGACUCUGGGAUUCUGGUGCUGCAGGUUGUCAGAAGUCAGCUGUUCUUCUCUGGCCUCAGCUCUGAAGUCCAACCCCUCCCAUCUGAGAAUGCUGGAUCUCAGUAACAAUAAGCUGCAGGAUUCAGGAGUGAAGCAGCUGUCUGAUUUUCUGGAGAGUCCACACUGUAGACUGGAGACUCUGAGAUUGAGUCUCUGCAUUUUGUCAGAGAUCAGCUGUGCUUCUCUGGCCUCAGCUUUGAAGUCCAACCCCUCCCAUCUGAGAGAGCUGCAGCUGAGAGGAAACAAGUUGCAGGAUUCAGGAGUGAAGCUGCUGUGUGAUUUUCUGGAGUGUCCACACUGUAGACUGAAGACUCUAGGAUUGAGGGACUGCAGGUUGUCAGAGAUCAGCUGUGCUUCUCUGGCCUCAGCUCUGAAGUCCAACCCCUCCCAUCUGAGAGAGCUGCAGUUGAGUCUCAACAAGCUGCAGGAUUCAGGAGUGAAGCUGCUGUGUGAUUUUCUGGAGAGUCCACAAUGUAGCCUGGAGACUCUGAGAUUGAGGGACUGCAGGUUGUCAGAGAUCAGCUGUGCUUCUCUGGCCUCAGCUCUGAAGUCCAACCCCUCUCAUCUGAGAGAGCUGGAGCUGAUUGACAACAAUCUGCAGGAUUCAGACAUGAAGCUGCUGUCUGAUCUUAAGGAGAGUCCACAAUGUAGACUGGAGAUUCUGAGCUGGAAGUGGUGAUCUCUGUAAGAGUGUGAGUGAACAUCCAGAACUGUGUGUUGUGAGAAGAUCAGCUGUAUCCUGAUGAUCCAGAGAGGCUGAAGCAGCAGCAGCUGCUGUGUGUAGAGAGGCUCUGACUGGGCCAUGUUACUGGGAGGUAGAGUGGAGAGGAGAGCUUCAUCCAGCAGUGACUGACAGGAAUCAGAGGAAGUGGAGAUGACUCUCAAUGCUGCAGUCUGAACUGAUCUGAGAACAGCUCUGCUGUCAGAUACAAAGUCAAGUCCACAAUUAUCCCUCUGUGUUCCUCUGGAUCUGAUAGACACAGACACUCCUCCACCCUCCAAAUCUCUUUCUUUUUUUGAUCCAUUCAGAUCAUCUAAAACCAAAGUGAUUCUGUAGAUAAGUUUGGUUUAUGCGAACAUAUAUCUUAAUUUACAGUAAAUUAAAUGACCUGUUUUAAAAACUUCAUU